AUGGCUGUGGCGAGGCACCUUCAGGAUGAUUUCGAAGUUCCAUCUGACAAGGAGACCAAGAGCGUGACCGAAAUGAAAGAAACGGUCGAGAAUCCCGGCUUUGUGACGGAAACAAAACCCAAAAGUUUGGCAAAUGUGAGUGAAGAGCGGCAACAUGUCAAGGAGAAUGCAUUCGUAGUCACGAGUAACAAGAAGGAAUAUGAUGCCAAAGAAAGCGAGGAUGAGAAGCCGAAGGAAAACGUACUUGAAAAGUCCAAGGCAAUAUUGGUGAAAAUCUGCAAGGACUACACAGUGCUUCCAAUAACAGAAUCUCCACAUCUCGGAACAAGCGCCCAAGAACGUAUGAUCAAGAUCAAUGGUUAUGAGGACUACAUGGUACCCGAUGCUCCAAACAACCACACAAGUCUCAUAGGUUAUCCGCUAGGAGGCAACCCCGGUAAUUUCGUUCCUCUUUAUAUUCUUGUUUAUGAUUCUUGUCUUAAUGAUGCCAUAGCCCGAUUUGCGUCCGAAAAAGGGGUUUGGAAUUUGAAAUAUUUUUACGAACAUCUCGGGAAGAACACUUGUUGCACUAACAUAUUUGCUGCCCUAGAUUAUGUCUUUGAUUUACAGGUGUUCCAAACUCAGAAGGAGAACGUUUGCAGGGAGAAAAAGACAGAAAACUCGAUUAUCCUCCCAACGCAAAGGCCGCAUGAAAUGCCUAGUCCUAAUCACGGACUCAUGGAUAUGAAUAGGGAUAAUAAACCUUUCAGACGAAAAAAGGUUCAAUACCACAACAUCGACCUCACAAAGGAUAAACCUUUCGAACGGGGAAAGGCUCGAAAGAAAGUGCUAGGAAUUUUCGAAGCACGCCAAGACCAAGGUAAGUAUGACAUAACUUAUAUGUUCACUAAUGCUGACUUGGCCCCGUUUGAUGUAGGAAAAACAGUUUAG